UAGUAAAACCUGUACUGUAAUGUAAUGUAUUGCAGAAUUUUUUGUUUUUAAAAAAGAAGGAAAUUUCCUGCAAUAAAAAAUUAAAAAAUGGCUACUACUGAAACAGUUAACGAAAAAAGUCUGGAUGCUCUCCUGGAUCCUCAAGUCAAAAAAACUAAUAAUGGACCGACAUUUGGCAAAAGACAUAUCCAGGCUAUUGUCCUAACGUUAAUGAUGAUAACGGGAUUCACUAUAAGAACCAUAUUGAGUGUCAGUAUCGUAGCUAUGACGACUCCUUCAGCUAAUCCCAAUAAAGACAUACCUACAUACCAAUGGUCAGACAAAAACUUAGUGCUGGCCUCAUUUCUUUGGGGAUAUUUCGUCCCCCAAUAUCUUGCCGGUUACGUAUCAGACCGAUACGGUGCUAAAUGGUUCAUGGUAUGCACUACUUCACUUACAGCAAUAGCUGGUCUUUUAAUACCAAUUUCUGCAGCUAUGUUUGGAUCGAAGGGCGUAAUGGUAUGCAGGAUUCUGCAAGGUUUAACUCAAGGAUUUUUGUUUCCCUGCAUGGCUUCCAUACUGGGGAAAUGGAUCCCAUCGAACGAGAGAAGUAGGAUCGGGUCUAUUGUAUUCUCAGGAGCUCCGCUGGGAAUAGUAACCUCAAUGAUAUUGACUGGAUAUGUAUGUGCUUCUCCAUAUGGUUGGCCGUUCGCUUUUUAUCUAUGCAGUGGUUUAGCAUUCAUUGUGGUAGGCAUUUACGCUUAUGUGGGUUGCAGUGAUCCCUCCGAACAUUCAACAAUAACAGAAGAAGAAAAAUUGUAUAUAAAAACGAAUCUAAAAAUAGAAGACAAUAGGCAUGAAUUAAAAGUGCCGUUUAAGCAAAUACUCACUUCUCCACCAUUUUUGUCAUUAUGUGUUACCAACCUUGCAUUUAACUACACCCACUGGACUUUGAUAACUGAGACAGCAAUAUAUUUGGACAAGAUUAUGCAUUUUGAUUUAAAGUCUAGCAGCUUGUUAUCAUCUCUGCCGUAUAUAUUUGAGAUCGUUCUGGCUAUCGUAGUAUCUUUUAUUGCUGAUUUUUUGUCUACAAGAAACAUAUUAUCAACAACUAAUAUUAGGAAGAUAAUGAAUAAUUGUGGUCUUAUUAUACCAGGUAUAGCUCUGUACCUACUAGGUAACACUGGCCCAUCGGAUAGAACUUUAGUUAUAUUUCUAAUAAUCCUAAUAAGCGGAAUGCCCGGAACUGGAAAAUCUGGACACAUCGCUAACCAUAGCGAUCUGGCUCCAAACUUUUCCGGUAUAAUGAUGGGUAUCGCUAAUGGUACAUCCGUACUGUUUUCUUCUAUGUCACCUACUUUGGCGCAAUUUGUGCUUACAGAUGAUACUAACAGAGAUCAAUGGAGGAUACUUUUUUAUGUAGCGUUGGGUUUUAAUGUAUUUGCUGCGGUUAUCAAUACCUUUUUUACUUCUGGUGAAAAACAGCCAUGGAGUCAAGGAACUAGAAAAACUAAAGUUGCAAUGGACAAACCUGUUUAAACCUCAAACUUCGAAGUGUGCCAAUUGAAAUUGUUUAUUUACUUAUCUGAAAUAAAUAAUACCAAAACUUUUUUUAAA